AUGGCUGUUGGCGGCUGUUUUUGCGGAAAGGUUCGGAUCGAAUAUAGUGGCCAGCCUAUAACAUCGGCACUUUGUCACUGUUUUGAUUGUCGCAAACUUACUGGCACUCUCUACACGUAUAAUUUUGUCUUCAAAAUGGCCGACCUGAAAAUCACUGGUAGUCCUAAAGAAGUGGCAAAAACGGCGGACAGUGGAAAUCAAAUCAAAAACUAUUUCUGUUCAGAUUGUGGAACGCCGCUGUAUGGGCUGAAAAUGGAGUCUACCGGAACUCCUGGCGAGACGGUCAUCCUCCGGGCUGGAAUACUGGAUGAUAUCGCUGUUCUGAAUGAACACAAGCCUAAGGUGGAGAUAUAUACUGAUGGACGCGUCAAUUGGAUCAGUCCCGCCGAAGGGGCUGAUCAACUAAUCGGCAUGCCACCACUCCCAUAA